AUGAGGAAAAUUUUGAAGUGUUUGGGACCGGAUUUUGCCAACAAAGAUGCGCUGCAAAUCGCACAAGGAAAUCAACAAGGAGAUGGCGGCAUCCAAGAACCUUUCAACAAGGAAAGCGCCAUGAGGGCUCUUGGGAACCAGAAUUUGUACAUUUGCGCUGGGAACUUGUUCUGGUUGGAUUUUCUGAGAUCCCCAAGCCCAGGAGUACCACUACAAAGGCAUGGUGUAUGCCAGCUAGGUGACUUCUUGUGGCCCAAGAACCAGUCCAAACCGAUGUUCCUCCUCAAGUUGUUGGAGGUGGAAGCCCCAACAGAUGUGCCAGAGAGACCAUCAGCGCUGGGUAUGCUUUCUCCGGAAGGCUAUGCGCAUGCUGCUCUGUAUGCGGCUGCCAGAGACCUCCCAGAGCACAAAGAGGAAUGGGAAAUUGUGCUGAGGUCAGUCCCAUUCUGCUUUGUGGCUGGCGCAAAAAACACUUGGAUUCAUUCAUGGAAUUGCCGCAACCAGCUCACACAGGAGUAUGAAUCUUUGAGCCGAUCAGCUUUGCAGCAGGCCACCGAGAUCAGCAUGCUGAAGAAGCGCAUGGAGUCCGAUGUAGGACGAACUCUUCAACCAGCGGAGCUCGUCAAUCAGUUGAAGCAAUUUGGCCUCAAGAAAGCUUCUUCACAGGAUGAUCUCACCACAAAUCUAGUGCAACUGGCAACCCAGGUGUAUGAGAAGAUGAAAGGCCCCGAGAUGCUAGGUCCCAUUCUAGCCAUGGAAGAAAAAUUUGGAACAAAGUCUUGCUUCAACUCCCUCAGCAAACUGCAUCUCUUGGCAACCAAACCUGAAGCCAAUCGGCGGGUUUGGGUGAUGCAGGGAAUCUAUGACUGGCUCGUCCGCAGUUUGCUGACGAACGAUGAGGUGACCAAGAACACUCUCACUGGUGAUCGCAACACCUGCGGUUUGAUUCCGCUCCUGGAGUUGAAGAUGCUUUGCCUGGAACAUUGGCUCUCAUCCAUGAUGGCCCGCGCCAACAUCCUGGAGAAGGACCGGGCAGUGAUCCGCCGAGUCUUGCAGGACCAUGCUUCGUAUCGGCAGGAGAUGCUGGGCUCAGACGUCUCAUGGCAAGGCAAUCUCGCCCGCAGCUCUUUGGAGGCAUUGCAGUUUCUUGAGAAGCUGGUGUUCAACAAACAAUUCGACAAUCAGCUAAAGCAGCAUGCCCGCGGGCACAAGAACGUCGAAGAAGUGGCCGAAAAUGAGAUCAUCAAGGAGGAAUGGUCCAAGGUCAUUUCCAUCCGAGAAAAUGAAGUGGCAGAGCAGAAGGUGCGGGACAAGAUGGAAGACCAGGAGGACGGAGACGCCCCGGCAGAGACCGCUCUCCAUCAAAUGCGUUGGGCAGCCAAUGAGUUUGUGGAGAACAGCCAGGAGUAUUGGAACAGUUUGGCGAACACAACUGUGAG